AUUUAUUUUCAGACUUGAAAACUUUUCUUAUUUGAAAUUUGCUGACAAUAAGCAUAAUAGUCAAUUGUGAGUCAGCAGUUUUAGACAAUAUCACUUGUGUGACAUCAUAGUUAAUCAUGGGUUUGUUGAAAUUAUUGCGGAAAUUAAAAUCGGAAUCGAACAAAGAACUUCGUAUUCUGUUGUUAGGCCUCGACAAUGCUGGAAAAACAACGAUCUUAAAGAAACUCGCAUCGGAAGAUAUAAACCAUAUUACCCCAACACAGGGGUUUAAUAUUAAGAGCGUUCAAAGCCAGGGCUUCAAGUUAAAUGUGUGGGACAUUGGAGGUCAACGAAGGAUUCGACCUUACUGGAGAAACUACUUUGAAAACACCGAUGUUUUGAUUUAUGUUGUUGAUAGCACGGAUAAGAAACGAUUGGAAGAAACUGGAGUUGAAUUAGAAGAAUUAGUAACUGAUGAAAAGUUGAGCGGCGUUCCAUUGUUGGUGUUUGCAAACAAACAAGAUUUAUUACAAGCAGCCCCAGCAUCGGAUAUUGCUGAUGGUUUAAGUCUCCAUACCUUGAGUGGGAGAACGUACCAGAUACAAGCUUGUUCCGCACUUAAAGGGGAAGGCAUACAGGACGGGCUUGAAUGGGUGAUGAAGACGGUUUCAAAGAAGAAGAAAUGAUCAACAUAUUUUUUGCUCGAAUAUUUUUGUAAUAUUUUAUACUGAAGGGUCGUAUAAUAAUUAUGUCGUAUAUAUAACAGCAAUUGAUCUUUUUCUGCCAAACAACUUAAAUUAAACAUAUACUCACUGUGCAAAAUGGUACAGUAACACUAUACACUCCAGUUUUGUUGUUUUUGUUACUUUGUGGACAGAACAUGAUGUAGUACAGUUUAUUAAAACACACCUAAUGAUAUAAAUUGCAAUCAAAGUACUUGGAUAUAAAAUGUGUAAAAUAAAUGCCCACGCACCACGCAAAGUGCUACGGAAAUAAAACAUAUUCUGCAAAAAAA